UCACUAAACCUAACUUAUCACCCUCUUUAAUUAUCUCUCCUCUACUGUUAGCGUCAACUAAUUACGUUAUAAUUAAUUAAUAAUACAUCGCAGCUGCAUUGCCUAUAUAAAGCAAGCAUCUCAUGCAACCCACAACGCCAAAGAAAGAAACCCUCGAACGAAAAUAUGGAUCAAGAAGAGUCCAUCUACAGCUACUACUUAGCAGCAGACUCCGAUUUAGACCUGAGCUUCACCUCCGUCACCACCGCCACCACUGACCGCACCCUCUCCGCCCGCAGCAGCUUAGCCCGGAGCAGCCUCACCCUCAGCUUCAACGAGUCCCGCCUCUCCACCGCCUCCACCACCUCCACCGCCGUCCCCAACGUCCACCACCGCCCCCACCGCCGCCACGACAACCCCAACUGGGCGGCCGUGAACGCCGCCACGACGCUAUCCGCCGACGGCGCCCUCCACCUCCGGCACCUGAAGCUCCUGAAGCUGGUGGGCGCCGGGAACCUCGGGCGCGUGUUCCUCUGCCGCCUCCGCGACUACGAGCACGCCAACUUCGCCCUGAAAGUGGUGGACCGCGAUUCUCUGAGCUCGAAGAAGAUCUCUCACGUGCAAACGGAGGCGCAGAUCCUCUCCUCCCUCGACCACCCGUUUCUCCCGACGCUUUACGCUCACAUAGAGGUGUCGCAUUACAUCUGCCUUCUCAUGGACUACUGCCCUAACGGAGAUCUCCAUGCCUUGCUCCGCAAACAGCCCUACAACCGGCUACCCCUUCAGGCGGUCAGAUUCUUCGCCGCCGAGGUUCUCCUAGCUCUCGAAUACCUCCACGCGCAGGGCAUCGUCUACCGCGAUCUCAAGCCCGAAAACAUCUUAAUCCGUGAAGACGGCCACAUCAUGCUCUCAGACUUCGAUUUGUGUUUCAACUCCGACAUCUCGCCCAAAUUGGAAAGCCGGCGGCAGAGCAAGGUGCAUUCCGGUUGCUUCACUCACCGGCAACGGGAGGAGCAGGUCACGGAAUUCGUGGCCGAGCCAACGACGGCGUUUUCGAAGUCGUGCGUGGGGACGCACGAGUAUCUAGCGCCGGAGCUGGUCAGCGGCAACGGCCACGGCAACGGUGUGGACUGGUGGGCCUUCGGCGUGCUUAUAUACGAGCUGCUGCACGGGACGACGCCGUUUAAAGGAGCCAGCAAGGAGUCCACCCUGCGCAAUAUAGCAUCCACCAGAGGGGUGAGGUUCCACGUGGCGGAAGGGGAGAGGGAGGAGCCCGGGAUGGCCGACGCCAGAGAUUUGAUCGAGAAAUUGUUGGUCAAGGACCCCCGGAGGCGGCUAGGCUGCGCCAGGGGGGCCACGGAUAUUAAACGCCACCCCUUUUUUGACGGAAUUAAGUGGCCCUUGAUCCGGACGUACCGGCCGCCGGAGAUCCGCGGCCUCGCCGUUAAACGGACCAAGAGCAAGACGCACGUCAGCGGAGCUUCGUCGCCGAGGCGGCGGCGAUGCUUCUGGAAGAAGCUGAGGAAUUUAAUGAGGAUUAAGAGGUCUAAGUAUAGAUUAAACUGCAAUUCCAACUAUUACUCGUACGUUGAUUACGACGUUACGAAAUCUGCUUGAGGUUUGGGAGGAGUAACUUUUAUUUCUGGUCUAAUUAGAUGUAUUUAUUAUCUUGUAAAAUUUGUGUGGAGUUAGGUCGCCAGAAAAUACAUCAAUUUUGGAGAGGCUGUAAAUCACAGAGGAAAAGGGGGACAUGGAAAUACACAGUUUGUAUAUCGAUCAUUAAUUUCUUUUGUUUUCA